GAUGCAGGCAUAGUAGUUGAUCGACGAUGCUUGACGGAUUCAGGAAAAAGAUUUUUCUAAGUGUUUGGUAGAAAUUUAGAAAUUUAACUUAUUAUAUGUUCACGUUUUGGAUAAGUACGUAGCGACUCACACAUCGAGGACAUCUUGGUAAAUAUUAAGAUCAUGGUGGUGAACAGUCCCUCUCCUCUACCUGAGAGAGCCAUCUAUGGGUUUGUCCUUUUCCUUGGCUCACAGUUUGGUUUCUUUCUGUAUUGCCUGUGGGCAUUUACACCAGAAGAGUGGCUUCAUUCAAUAGGGCUCACCUACUGGCCUCAAAAAUACUGGGCCCUUGCCGCACCUAUCUAUCUGCUGGUUGCACUGGUGAUCUGUUUUGUGUUGCUGUUCGGAGUGAACAUGAACAACACGGCUCCACUUGACUCCGUGGACAACAUCACAGAUGUGUACGCUCAAGGCCAGAGGACAACAGACUGCCGCAAGGGGGGAAUACCCAGACUGAAAGAUGUCUCCAUCAGCGAUGUCAACAAAAUGUUCUAUUUGUCGCGCAAGCAAUAACAAACUGAUUCCAGCCGGAGGCAGAGUAGAAAUGAGGCUGCCGGGGAUUUAUUAUUGUGUCACUGUUUACCCUUUGUUUGUAAUAGAAGGACUCUGCUGUAUUUAUUUAUUUAUUUAUCCAGGAACAAAGGGGAAGAUGUACAGAAAGAACUGUUAAUGGAUCUAUGUUGGACAAAAUGAUGUGCUGUGUGUUUGUUAGGCUGAAUGUGAUGUAACACAGUGUCAUCAGAGCAACACUGGAUAGAAAAAGGUAGCACAUGACUACAUUUAAUAAAUGUCAUACUUUUAUUACAUA